CAGUUUAACGUUAUUAACACAUCAAGACCUUCACGUAUUCUGCGUACCUGCACUGUUGCUCCCCGUUACCUGUAGAUGAUUAAUAUAGUUGAUAAAGGGCUAUGUCAAAAGCUAAGCAGGUAGCGGCCGUUGACCUCAGCCCUGCUCCCAAUCCAGGAGCUCUGAUUUUCCAGAGUACUUGGCAGCGGCGUCGCGUAGCCACAGCCACAGACCGAUCAGUCAUCAUAGGUACGUUACACGGCAAGCGUAAGGCUGGAUCUGCAAGUCAUCACGAACCAGCCAGGUUCGGCUGCUACUUCUGCAGGAAGUGCCGAUCAGCAGAUCAGUCCUGCAUAAAUCAAGCGCCCCGUCGAUGGGUUCCGGCGGAAGCGAACCGCCGGUCCGAGCUAAUGUGCGAUGAUAUGUAUGUCCUAAGUUACAUCUGCGUAUCUUUACUGUAGGAUUUGUGGCUGUGCGGUCUUCUGGCAGUAGAAGCAGACAUACUUAAUUGACA